AUGCACCUGCCCGGCUCCCCUCUGAGCAUGGCGGACGGGAGCUUCUCUCUCUCGGCCCACCUGGGCAGGAGCCCCGGCGGCCCCCAGUCCCGGCUGCACAGCAUCGAGGCCAUCCUGGGCUUCCCCAAGGAGGACGGGCUGCUGGGCGCCUUCCAGCCCGUGGGCAGCCCGCGGGCCCUGAAGGAGGCGGACAAGCGGAGCCCCCGGCCCUGCUACCCCAAAAUGCCCGGGGAGCCCUCUGCGCCCCGGGAGCCGCGGGUGAGCUCCGGACCCGCCUGAUGGUCUCUCCCCCCCGUUGCCCCAGAGCCCGGCUGCCUCCAGCACCCGCAGGAGCGGCUCAGCCCGCCGCGGCCGGACGCCAAGCUGGCUGACGAGGAGCAGCCCAAGAAGAAGCACCGGCGCAACCGCACCACCUUCACCACCUACCAGCUGCACGAGCUGGAGCGAGCCUUCGAGAAGUCGCACUACCCGGACGUGUACAGCCGCGAGGAGCUGGCCGUCAAGGUCAACCUGCCCGAAGUGCGCGUGCAGGUAUGGUUCCAGAACCGGAGAGCCAAAUGGAGAAGGCAAGAGAAACUGGAAGUCACUUCAAUGAAGCUGCAGGACUCCCCUAUACUCUCCUUCAGCCGAUCCCCCCAGCCCUCCGCCUUGGGAACCAUCAACAACAAUUUACCGCUGGAGUCUUGGCUCACCCCACCGCUGGCUAACAGCACCCCUCUGCAGACUCUGCCCGGCUUCGUGGCUUCCCCCCAAAGCCUCCCCAGCAGCUACACCCCUCCACCUUUCCUGAAUUCGCCGCCACCCAUAAGCCACACCUUGCAGCCCCUGGGGACAAUGGGGCCUCCCCCGCCCUACCAGUGCGGGACCAAUUUUGUGGACAAAUUCCCCUUGGAAGAGACGGAUCCUAGGAACACCAGCAUAGCUGCAUUACGGCUGAAAGCAAAGGAGCAUAUUCAGUCCAUUGGGAAACCGUGGCAGACAAUCUGA